CUCUGGCAUGCCCAUUGGUGUGAAUAGAAAUAGUUUUUUUAAACGUCAUCGUGUGAAUGGAGAUUUUUUGUUGUGCGGCAAAUGCGUGUUGUAAAUAUGUUCGUGUGGCCAUGAACUUAGUAAUUUACCUAUUAUUAAUUCAUUUAUUCAUUUUCUGCACGAGAGAAGCUCAAAUGGUGGGAUUGCACUCGAACGCACCGCGUGUCUACGCGUCCUGUUGGUUCCUCCUCCCCGCUUGCUAGCGACUCUUUUCCGGGUUGUCUUGUCGGAACGAGCCACCGCCUACCUUCCUUCCUUCCUCUUAAAAACUGGCUCUGACGUCAAGAAAGUGGAGCAGAGGAGCAUUAAAACCUGUGUCAGUUAUGCAAAUCUAAACGUCUGCCGCCACUCGCAUCAAAUUAACAACGAUUUAGCCAGUGAGGCACGGCCAGGAAAAGACACUUUGACCCGGGAAGACAAGGCGACAAGACAAGAUUAAGAGAUGGCUGACCUGCUGAAGCUUCUGCUGCGGGUGUCGGAGAAAGCCGCCAACGUUGCUCGCGUCUGCAGACAGGAAGCUCCCCUCUUUCAGCUCCUGGUACAAGAAAAGACAGGAGAGGAUAAGAAUAAGAAGUUUGUGCAGGACUUCAAGACGCUGGCAGAUGUUGUGAUCCAGGAGGUGAUCCGCAAUGAUGUCGGCGCUCAGUUCCCUGAGAUGGUCGACUUCAUUCACGGAGAAGAAUCCAACAAGUUUGAAAAUGGACUUGGCGAGUGUGUGACUGUGACGGUACGCAGCACUGAAGAGGAGACCGCCGCGCUUCUUGCCACGGUACUCGACGGCGACCUGACAGCAGCGGCGCUCUUAGCACGAGCCAUUCACCAAGACCCGGCCACCAUUAACGCCAGUACUGACGGACUAACAGUGCCGCUCGACCCCUCUGAGCUCGGCAUCUGGAUUGACCCGAUCGACGCCACCAGUCAGUACAUAGAGGGCCGAGAGGAAGUGGUGCAAGAGGGUCGUAUGUCACCUUCGGGUCUGCAUUGUGCUCUGGUCCUCAUCGGGGUUUACCUGCGCGUCACCGGCGAGCCCGUCAUGGGCAUCAUCAACCAGCCAUUCAACCACAGAGACCCGGCAAGUGGAAGCUGGCAGGGGAAGAUCUUCUGGGGCGUUUCGUGCCGAGACCUAAACGUGUGCUCCGUGUCCCGGCCCAAAGCUUCACCGACAAGUCAACCGUUAUCGGUGGUGCUGAGCUCCAGCGAGAAGCAAGCGGUGAAAGAGACUCUGGCCUCGUUGUGCGGUCCGGAAAAGCUCAAGUACGCGUCCGGGGCCGGCUACAAAAUCCUGUGCGUCAUCCAAGGCCUGGCUGACGCUUACGUCCUCUCAGAAGGGAGCACCUUUAAGUGGGACUCCUGCGCCCCUCACGCGCUGCUCCGAGCCCUCGGAGGUGGUGUGGUGGACCUGACGAAAAGUUUAGAAUCCGGUUGUGAGGCAAAGGCGGAACUGACCUAUCAUGAGCCUUACAGCGAGGGUAAAGGCGCCGACCGCUGGGCUAACUACGGAGGCCUGGUGGCGUAUGGAGACAGUUCCCAGCUGAGCGUCAUCAUCGGGGCUCUGAAAGGAAAGUUGUGAUUCGUUUUCUGUAUUGAAAGGAAAAACGGUAUUUUAACGGGGAAAUAUGUUAUUUUUAAACAAAGUGUAUAUCAGGGGUGGGCAAACUACGGCCCGGGGGCCACAUCCGGCCCGCCAAAUGUUUGAAUACGGCCCGCCCAAUCUUUCCAAAGUAUUUCAUUUAAACUCAACAUACAACCUGGCAUCAUGGCCUGAGCCAACCUUUUGAUGGUUGUAUCAAUUUCGUUGUUUGACAUGGUCUGUUGUUUACAAAGUGCUCCUGAAAAAAGGGACACAAGCACAUAAUAAUAAUAAUUAUAAUAAUAAUAAUAAUAAUUAUUAUUAUUAGAUUAUUAUAAUUCUUAUUAGAACUAUUAUGAUUCUUAUAAUUAUUAUAUUAAUGCUAAUUAUUAUAUUAAUUAUAUAUAAUAAUAUUGUUAUAUUUGCAUAUUUUACAUAAUAAUAAUAUAAUAAUUAUUAUUUUAAUUUUAUUGUAAUUAUUAUAAUAUUUUAUUAUUUUUAAAAUAUUUAAAUAUAAAUAUAAAAUAAUAAAUAAUAAUAGCAGAUUGCAUGACAAUUUUACAGAUACAAUAAUACCAGGUGGACUGUUACGUGUAUAUAGUCUGCCCCCGCCCCCCCCCCGUAAAUUUUGUCAUAUCAAUGCGGCCCGCGAGUCAAAAAGUUUGCCCACCCCUGGUGUAUAUGUAACAACAUAUGGGCCAAAUAAUGAUAUGAAGUGCCAUGAAACCUACGUCUUGUUGUUAGAAGAGCUCUGAGUCUUGUAAGAUUAUCCCGUCUAUCUGUAACAUAUACAUUCAACAUCAUCAUGUAAACAGCUUAAAGACUCGAGUCUAGAAUGAUAAACACUAGUCGGGUACGGCGACUCGGGCUAUGGAAAGUAUUAUUUCAUUGUUGAAGUGACCUGUAAGAGGCUAUAAAUAUGCCAAGCGGACGGAGAGGUGUGCAGCCAUCUGCACCUCUCUGAAACAUCUCCUUGUAAGGAGCACAGCCAAUCACAUAUGCACUGACCUCCUGCCUUUAAAAAAAAAAAAAAAAAAAAAAGAGCCCCGAUGGAUAAAGUAUGAGUCGCAAAAACGGCUCUUUGACAGUAAAAUGAAAUAUUAAGCACAUUGCAAUUUUCUAUGUAAUUUCUUUCUAGUGUCACUUUAUGUUGUCGAUAUAUGCAUUUUUUUUUUUUUUUUUUUUAGAAGAGCUGGGUGAAAUAUUAACGUAUACAAACCAGAGCAAAACAUAUUGCAUUGAAGAAAUUAUCUUUACUUUGAAAACCAGAGAAAGCAGGGGAAACUAACAGUGAUAUUUUAAAACUGCCUGCCUGCCAGGGAACAACCCCCCCCCCCCCCCCUGAUGAUUGUCAGAUAAAUCUUUUAAUUACAAUAUUUCUGCAUAUUGUGUUCAAAAAAUAAAACAAACAAAAAAAAAACAUUGGCUCUUGUGUUAUCUUCUUGAACUUUAAACAGCACCUACGCCAUCCUGGAAUCUAACAUUACCGAGUCCAAGUCUUGAGUUUAACUUUCGGUCUAAUUCUUCAUAGAAAUGACAUAACCAAGGAUGGGAGAAGAAUUGCACGCUAUUAAUAAAACAAAAUCAAAGCUUAAACUUAACUGUGCUACUUCAUGAGCAAAAAAAAAAUAAAUUCCAGAUAAAUGUUCUUUCAGUUGUUCGAGUGCCACCGAGGAUGGGAGGUUCAAGCGGUUCUGGCGUGGCUCGUCUGAUCUGACGCCGCAAAACGAAUGAACCGUUUUGACGCAAAGAGAUAAAC